AUGUGUAAGACACGUGCCAAGCUGGCUCGAUGGGCCAAGUAUAGACAAGAAGAGACAAGCCCCGACAAGCCUGCCGAGAGUGUGUGUUGGUGGGAGCUGACAGGCAUCGAUGGCUUGGCCAAGCAUCUGCCCCAGGCUUGGCACCGGGGUCCCUGGCCCUCGCUGGCCAAUCAGCGUCGGGAACGGGGCACCGUGCGUGUAUAUCCGAUGAUCAUUCACUGUGGCAUCUGA